UGCCUUCCAUCUCCAGUGUGUCAGAGGUCCCCUUCCUGCCUUCAGGCCUUCUGCAGAGCCUCCCUGUUGCAAGCAGAGGGUGUUUCAGCACCUUGGAGAGCGAGCAAGGGGCGACUUCAGCACCGCGGUCAGCGCCAUAGAGCGGCCUUUCAGGACCUUGGAGAGCUCCCCCUCUCUGCUUCUCUUUCCCGGAUCUCUCGCGAGAGCCGCUUGCCGUGGAGGGCGAGAGAGUGGGAGAGCGAGUGGGAGAAGGCGAGGAGGCAGCCGUGGGGCCGAAGGCUCUUACGGUGGUGUGACGGGUUAUUCUCCAAAGUUGUGAAGCAGGGCCAAAAGACACCAUGGGAGAGAACAACUUCCCCCCUCUCCCUCGAUUCAUCCCCCUGAAGCCUUGUUUCUACCAAGAUUUCGAUGAAGAGAUCCCACCGCUCCACCGAACCACCGUCAAACGCCUUUACUACCUCUGGAUGUUGAAUAGCAUCACUUUGGCCGUGAACCUGAUCGGCUGCCUCGCCUGGAUGAUCGGAGGCGGCGGAGCGGUUAACUUUGGGCUGGCCAUUCUCUGGCUUAUUCUCUUUACUCCCUGCUCCUAUGUCUGCUGGUUUAGACCCAUUUACAAAGCCUUCAAGACAGACAGUUCCUUCAGUUUCAUGGCGUUUUUCUUCACUUUCAUGGCCCAGCUCGUGAUCAGCAUCAUCCAGGCCGUCGGCAUCCCUGGCUGGGGAGUCUGUGGCUGGAUCGCAGCCAUAUCCUUCCUUGGCACCAACGUGGGCUCGGCUGUUGUGAUGCUCAUCCCCACCGUCCUCUUCACGGCAAUGUCCGUCUUCUCCUUCAUUGCUCUCAGUAUGGUGCAUAAGUUUUACCGGGGAAGUGGUGGGAGCUUCAGCAAAGCGCAAGAGGAGUGGACAACGGGUGCCUGGAAGAAUCCGCACGUCCAGCAAGCGGCCCAAAACGCGGCCGUGGGGGCCGUCCAGGGUGGCAUGAUGCAGCACGAAACACAGUACUCGGCCACUCCUAACUAUAACUACCCCAACGACAUGUGAGAGGCGAUCCUGACGAGAAAGAUCCCGGGGAGAUGGGGAGCCCGAUGGGUUUGUGGCCGGAGGUGGGCAGGAAGAGCUGGGACGGGAGCGUGUGUGUGUAUGUGUGUUUGUGCGUAUGUCCGGACGUAUGUUUCCGUGAACGUGGGAUACGGGGUGGGGGGAUGUUCUACUGUACAGGAGGGAUGGGUCUGUAUCAUAACUCUCUUGAUAGCCAGGAGGUGCGUCAGAGUCUCCUCUUGAUUCCCUUUGCCCUCGACUUUGUCCCUCAAUAAUAUCGUCCACGGAGAUAAUCUCUUUGAAGAAGUCGCGAGACAGUUGUGUUGUGCCGUGGUGACUGUCUGUGUGUGCUACAUUUUCUCUUUUGUGAAAUAGUGUACAGUGGUGGGGUUUCUUUUUCCUCUUAAAUUUACUGUGGUGAUAGCUGGUGUUUAUAGUACUCUCGGGUGGUGCAGGCGGGCACCAAUGUUGACACUCUCAGAGUGGCCCAAAGGUCUGGGUAGUCAAUGGAUUUCGUGGCAAAUGGUCGUUCGUGGUAGCGACUGUUUGCAAAGACAUCAGCUGGCUCAUUCUGUCCUUAUUAUUUCCACUGAUUCUAUUACUCUAUGACUGUACACGGUAUUGCCAACAUUCGAGCACUUUGGCUCUCUCAUUCCAUGCCAAUGGGCUCUGCUUCCCAUUUUUCUCAUUUUUAGUGUGAUAAAUUAUAAUCCAUUUCAGAAAGCAACAUUUAGGAGCUUAGAACACGGCAAUGCCCAAGCAAUGCCCAAAAAGUGGCUUCAAAUAGCUCUCCAUCCCUAAAGAGAAUUUCAUCCCAUUCCAAAGCAUUUCUCUCCUCCAAAACAUAUAGAUUGCGCCUACACUGUAGACUCCAUGCAGUUUGAUUCCACUUCAAUGACCCAGAAUUCAUCCUGGGGAAUUGUGGGACCUGUCAUGUGGUGAGGCAUCAGCACUCUUUGAUCUUACUAGGGUUGAAUGAAAAGUAAUGCCUCCACCUUCAUAACUUCUCGACAAGAUGGCAGUACUGGUAUGUGGCAGGUACUGGCUUGUUCAGUAGACUCUCCUCUACAGUUCCAUUUUGGCGGGAAGCCUUAGCAGAAAAAGUAAUGCCUCCACCUUCGCAACUCCUCAACAGAUGGCAGUACUGGUAUGUGGCAGGUACUGGCUUGUUCAGUAGACUCUCCUCUACAGUUCCAUUUUGGUGGGAAGCCUUAGCAGAAAAAGUAAUGCCUCCACCUUCGUAACUCCUCAACAGAUGGCAGUACUGGAAUGCGGCAGGUACUGGCUUGUUCAGUAGACUCCUCUACAGUUCCAUUUUGGCCAGAAGCCUUAGCAUUGAACGGUUGUGUUGUUAAAGUGCAAAGUAUGGAACCCUGCGCAGACAGUUGGUCAAUGCGACUUAAGCAACAUGCAGUCAUUGAAUUCUUGACAGGAGAAGGUGUGACCCCAAAGAAGAUUCAUCAGAGAAUGCAAGCUGUUUAUGGUGAUUGUGUUGAUGUGAGUACUGUGCGUCAUUGGGUGAGUCAGUUUAAAGAUGUUGAGGUGGGAACAUCUGACUUGUAUGACAAACAAAGUGUUGGAUAUCCUGUGACAACCACCGAGUUUCACAAGCAAAAGCUUGACAGAUUGAUUCAGAAUGAUUGUCAUAUCACUCAGAGAGAAAUUUCAAGCAUAAUUGGCAUUUCACAAGGACGUUUGGGUCGCAUUAUUGC